GUCUGUCAACAUCUCACUUCUCCAAUGUUUUUUCGUCUCACAAACGAUACUACCUACUUUUACGGGCAAUGAAGGUCAGAACGAGCACUGAAACAGCAAUGACACUUUCUUAGUUCAUUUUUUUUUUUUUUUUGAAGAUUAUGUAUCACCAGAUAAACUUACAUCUAGAACUUCUCUUCUUUUCAGACUAUCAUGACUUGCCCGUGGGGGUGUGUCCUAUCGCACCCACUUGGCCAGGGUCAAAGGGCUGUAGAGAUAGUAAGAACUACUGGACCACUAUACUGAGGUCUAGAUGACCCGUCACGGCCAGCGCCGUCUAUACAUAUCAUGAGAAGAAGAAAGACUCUGCGAAGAGUGGGUACGGAAGCAAAACUGUACGCCUCGGAAGAGACUCUGUAAAGUGACUCACACAGAGUCUUGACUCUGGCUAAAGAGCAUGCAAAACUUCUACGUACACAGAUCAAGCAGAUCGAGAAUUUUGAUUGUUGUUGUCUGACGCUCCAGCCAUGCAGAUAUCCUGUGGCCACACCUGAUGGUUAUCUGUAUGAUAAAGAAGCAAUUCUGGAAAAUAUUUUACACCAAAAGAAAGAGAGUACAUGCAAAGAAACUAAAAGAGUUCGAGAGACAGAAGAAAAAGAAUGAGAAAGAGUUGGAGGAACUAGCAACAGCAGAGGCAAGAUCGAAAGUUGAGAAAUUUCUAGCUACAGAAAACAGUAUUGUGACAAAGCCAGUUGAUGCUUUCUCAAGGGCCACAGAAGCACCCAGUAUUAGCAACAUGGCAGACGUGGAGCCAGGAACCGUCCGUAUCCCAUCCUCUACCAAGACUCCCAGUGGUGAGGCUGGCAGCGGUGGUACUUCUAGUGCCAGUGGUUCCAGAGGAGCUGAUGUGAAGGGGAAGAGGCCAAAGCUGCCAAGUUUCUGGAUCCCCACUCUCACUCCAAGUGCUAAACCUACUGAGAUAAAGAAACCCGACACGAAGACUUACUGUCCCAUGAGUGGUAAAGAGCUAAGAGUUAAGGACUUGGUACCUGUCAAGUUCACUCCAAUUGCUGACAGAGACUCUAAGACAGCUACAAUAGUCAAACAAACUCGCUACAUGUGCCCUGUCACAAGAGAUGUCCUCAGCGACUGUGUAGCGUGUGUACUGCUAAGGCCCAGUGGAGAUGUUGUGACUCAGGAGUGUGUGGACAAACUCAUUCGAACUAGCAACAUGCUCUGUCCCAUAACUGGCAAAACUCUAAAAGAAAAGGACUUGAUUCCCCUUCAAAGAGGAGGAACUGGGUAUGCUGGCAGUGGUGUUGAACUGAAAGCCACCAGAGCAGGAGCAGCAAUGAUGGCAUAGUAUCAUACAUCUCACAUGAGUUUACAACAUUUUGCACUGGCUUGGAACAUAGUUGCAUGUUCAUUCACUUUAAUGCCAUUUCAUUUACACAUUCUAUCUUUUUACUAUUACUAUGCAUAAAUAAUUAUAGUCGGUAGACUCUCUAUAUUCAAUCACGAAUUCGGCUUCUGCGCCUGAUCGGCGUGUUCAGCAUCUCUCCUGCACGCGCAUGUGUAAUUCUGCCCA